CUGGGCCGCGUACGCGUACACCACCCACUUGUCCACUUACUACCAGUCCACCGCAUCCCAAUUCCCCAUUCCAGCCUCGCCUCGCAGAACCCCGACAGAACCCUAGCCGACGUCCGCCGACCCGCCCGCCAUGGCCGCCGCCGCCGCACGCGGAGGAGGAGGAGGAGGACAAUUCAAGAGCUACGCCGACAUCGAGGAGCACUUCAACAACAUGGCGCUGGAGGGCAUGUCCGCGCAGGACCGCAUGGACUGCAUCGUCUACCAGAUCACCUCCUUCCUCCCGCCGCCCUUGGUCCCCGCGCCCGAGGCCGACGACUCCGACGACGACCACUUCUCCUUCACCUCCUCCGACUCCGAGGACGACGACCGGUCCGCCGCCUUCCAGAGCGGCGGCGACGGCCGGGACCACACCAGCCGCCUCCCGCGCAUCCUGCUCUCCAACGUCAUCUCCCGCCUCCCCACCAAGGAGGCCGCCCGCACCAUGGUCCUCUCCACCAGCUGGCGCGGCGUGUGGGCGGCGACCCCGCUCCUCGUCGACGACGCCCACUUCAGGGCCGACGACGCGCGCCGCAUGUUCGACGACGUGCGCGCCGUCUCGCGCUGCGUGGCCGCUCACCCGGGCCCCGUCCGCGCCCUGCGCGCCACCCGCACCUCCUUCUACCACCAGGAGUACGCGCUCCAGCGCCUGCUCGCCAGCCUCGCCGCCAAGAACGUCCAGGACCUCAUCCUCUUCAACCGCCCCUGGCCGCUCAACCUGCCGCUCCCCAAAGAAAUCCUCAGCUGCGCCUCCCUCACCCGCCUCUACAUCGGCGUCUGGCACUUCCCGGACAUCACCCCCGGCCACCGCCCCGUCUUCCCCAACCUCUGCGAGCUCGGCCUUUUCCACUCCAUCAUCGAGGACAAGAAAUUCGAAGCCUUGCUCGCGCACUGCCCCAAGCUGAACAUCCUCUCCUUUGCCAUCGCCUACAACUGCCCUGCACGCCCCCGCAUCAAGUCCCGCAGCCUCCGUGUGGUGUCGGAAUGGAUAUGCAGCUUCGAUAAAAUCAUCGUCGAGGAUGCCCCCUGCUUGGAGCGCCUGCUCUUCGAAAGCGUUGCCGUUUCUGAGCGGAGGAGGCCCAUCAAAAUUGUCCGUGCGUCCAGGUUGGAGGUGCUCGGCGUCUUGGACCUCCAGCUCCACACACUUGAGAUUGGCGGCACCGUCAUCAGGGUUGGGAUGACUAUGAAAGAUAGUGUGACGCUACCAAGCUUGAAGAUACUGGCUGUCAAGGUGCGGUUUUCACAUGACAAGGAGGUCAAGAUGCUGCACACUCUGCUCAGAUGCUUUCCUUGUCUGGAGACGCUUCACAUCAUGUCCAUUCGAUCCUCGUCACCUGAUAGUGGAGAUUGUGCUGAGACCUGGAAUUCCCUGGGCUCUGCCGACUGCCUCUCUCAUCUGAAGAAGUUUGUCCUCCACGGAUUCCAUGGCCUGGACCGUGAGCAGUUGUUUGUCAGUUACAUACUGGAGAAGGGGAUAAAGACCUUGGGCAUCGUUUAUGGUGACAAUGAUGAUGUGCUAGUGAAGGGAGGCCUGGUGCCAGGCUCUGUUGGUGAGGCUAAUGCGCCAUCAGGUGGAAGUAGCAGCAGUGACAGUGAUGAUGUGGUAAUGGAGGCAGACCCUAUCUCAUGUUCCGUUGGUGAGGGCAAUGUGCCAUCAGGUGUAAACAGUGGUAGUGGAAUUUAUGUUUGCCCUGCUUCCCCUUGCUGGACCCUUCAGCACGCCAUUGACUUGUCAGUGGAGGACCCCUUCUGCGUGUUGAGGCAUGACAAGGCCCGUAUCGCUUCUUUUGCUGACGCAAUGAGACUGUGCGCUAGUUUGGGUUGUUGAUGAUGGUGCUUAUGCCGGCCAUAAUUUCCACACUGGCAGGCUUCUACUUCACUGUGCUAAGGACGUCAUAGUUACCUGUUACUCCCUUGGUAAACUAAUAUAAGAGCGUUUAGAUCACUACUUUAGUGAUCUAAAUGCUUUUAUAUUAGUUUACGGAGGGAGUACUUCAUAAUUUUGUGGUGAACUGAGAAGGUGAGGGUUUGGAAGCUUCAUAAUGUUGCACUCUUGAGUUCUCUUUUGGGGAAACUGUUAGGAUUCUGAGUGUGGAAGUGCUUUAGCUGUAUGUUGUUUUGGGCCUUUUUGGCUGUUAAAAAUACCUAUUGACAUGCA